CUCAGAUUGACCCCAGGAGGGAACAGUGAGACAGAUCUGCAGCCCCUGGGUGAGGCCGGCUCCCUGGGGACAGAGCAGGGAGCGAGCUGGGCUCCAGGUGUGCAUCCCCUGGACCGGGUUGAUAAACCAGAGUUAGUGGAAUUGGAGGCAGAGGACUCCUGGGUAGACACGGCGCUUCAUGGGGGUCUUGGCCCAGAAGCCCCAUGGGGCAGGAAGACCAGAAGAGCCGUGCAGCUUGGGGAGGAGGCUGAGGAUGGGGGACAAGGGCUGGGGGAGCAUGGGCUGCCACACGAGUCUGUGCUUGGUCCGCAAGGAGCAGGAGUUGGACAGGGAGAGGUGGCUGAUGCAGGCGUGCAACUGUGGGAGUCGGGUGAAAACCUGGACACACUGGAAGUUCAAAGCACUGAUGCAAAUGUGCAGCAGCCUGCAGAGGCAGAUGAGCUUGAAAUGACCCCAGGAGGGAGCAUGGAGGCAGAUCUGCAGCUGCCAAGUGAGGUUAGGUCCCCAGGGACAGAGCAGGGAGUGAGCUGGGCUCCAGAUGUGCAACCCCUGGAUCAGGUUGAUACACCAGAGUUAGUGGAAAUGGUGGAGGCAGAGGACUCCCGGACAGACACGCAGCUUCUUGGGGGUGCCAGCCCAGAAACCCUCCAGAGAGGGGGGGACCAUGCAGCCAUGCAGCUUGGGGAGGAGGCUGAGGACGGGGCACAAGGGCUGGGGGAGCAUGGGCUGCCACACGAGUCUGUGCUUGGUCCACAGGGAGCAGGAGUUGGGCAGGGAGAGGGGGCUGAUGCAGGUGUGCAACUGUGGGAGUUGGCUGAAAGCUUGGACUUGCUGGAGGACCAGAGCACUGAUGCCAACGUGCAGCUGCUUGCAGAGGUGGAUGAGCUCAGACUGACCCCAGGAGGGAGCAGUGAGACAGAUCUGCAGCCCCUGAGUGAGGCCGGCUCCCUUGGGACAGAGCAGGGAGGGAGCUGGGCUCCAGAUGUUCAACCCCUGGAUCAGGUUGAUAAACCAGGGUUAGUGGAAAUGGUGGAGGCAGAGGACUCCCAGACAGACACACAGCUUCUUGGGGGUGCCAGCCCAGAAACCCCCCAGGGAGGGGGGGACCAUGCAGCCACGCAGCUUGGGGAGGAGGCUGAGGAUGGGGGACAAGGGCUGGGGGAGCAUGGGCUGCCACACGAGUCUGUGCUUGAUCCGCAGGGAGCAGGAGUUGGGCAGGGAGAGGGGGCUGGUGCAGGCGUGCAGCCCCCUGAGGAGGCUGUAACCCUGGACACACUGGUAGUUCAAAGCAGUGAUGCAAACAUGCAGCCGCUUGCAAAGGUGGAUGAGCUCGAACUGACCCCAGGAGGGAGCACAGAGGCAGAUCUGCAGCUCUUGAGUGAGGUCAGCUCCCUGGAUACAGAGCAGGGAGGGAGUGUGACUCCAGAUGUGCAUCCCCUGGACCGGGUUGAUAAACCAGAGUUAGUGGAAUUGGAGGCAGAGGACUCCUGGGUAGACACACAGCUUCGUGGGGGUCUUGGCCCAGAAGCCCCAUGGGGCAGGAAGACCAGAAGAGCCGUGCAGCUCGGGGAGGAGGCUGAGGAUGGGGGACAAGGGCUGGGGGAGCAUGGGCUGCCACACGAGUCUGUGCUUGGUCCGCAAGGAGCAGGAGUUGGACAGGGAGAGGGGGCUGGUGCAGGUGUGCAACUGUGGGAGUUGGCUGAAAGCCUGGACUUGCUGGAGGACCAGAGCACUGAUGCCAACGUGCAGCUGCUUGCAGAGGUGGAUGAGCUCAGACUGACCCCAGGAGGGAGCAGUGAGACAGAUCUGCAGCCCCUGAGUGAGGCCGGCUCCCUUGGGACAGAGCAGGGAGGGAGCUGGGCUCCCGAUGUGCAACCCCUGGAUCAGGUUGAUACGCCAGAGUUAGUGGAAAUGGUGGAGGCAGAGGACUCCCGGACAGACACACAGCUUCGUGGGGGUGCCAGCCCAGAAACCCCCCAGGGAGGGGGGGACCAUGCAGCCAUGCAGCUUGGGGAGGAGGCUGAGGAUGGGGAACAAGGGCAGGGUGAGCAUGGGCUGCCACAUGAGCCUGUGCUUGAUCCGCAGGGAGCAGGAGUUGGGCAGGGAGAGGGGGCUGGUGCAGGCAUGCAGCCCCCUGAGGAGGCUGUAACCCUGGACACACUGGAGAUUCAGAGAACUGAUGCAAAUAUGCAGCUGCUUACAGAGGCAGAGGAGCUCAAAUCAACCUCGGCAGGGAGCACAGAGGCAGAUCUGGCACACUUGGGUGCAACUGGGAUGUUGUGGGAAGGGGAGCAGAGUCAGCCUCCUGGUUUGGAGGCAGGUCUGCGUGCAGCUCACGCCGCAGACACGUGGGAGGGAGCUGCUGGUGCACGUGUGUCCCCUCCACUUGAGGCUGCUUCCUAUCCCGAGUGUGCCGCUGCUGCUGAGGGUCCUGGUCUGGAAGUAAAGCUGGGAGCACUCACUGGUCCUCAUGGGCAGAUCCUGGAGGACACCCAGACACUGGAAUUACCACAGGGAGAGAGAGCUGCUGCAGAGGGGAGGCUUCUGGAUGGAGCUCAACGUCUGGAGGUGGUGCAGGGAGAGAGGCUGGAGGCGGGGGUGAGUUUAGUUGACACUCAGGGUCUAGGGCUAAAGCAGGGCCGUGAUGAUGGUGCGUUUGAGCUGGCCUCCCUGGUCUUCGAGGUGCCGUUACAAAUCAGCACUCUAAAGCUGGAAAGGAUGAUGCAGAAGGAUGUUCUCAUUCCAGAUGUGCGGCGGCUAGGCACUUCGGGACAGGCAGUCCAAAGCGAGCUUCAGGAGCAGGUCUCGGCACAGGCAGAUAAGGUGAGGCUUCACACUGCUUCCCAGCAGCUGAAGGAGAAGCCACUGCAUGUGGUGGAAACAGAGCAGGUAGCUGCCAGACCCGCUGAACCUCCAAAACAAGAGAUGCCACCAGCAUCAACCCUUCACAUGAGGGUCCAACAGGAGGAAGAUGCUGGGAAAGACCAGCUGGGGAUGGUCCUUGGAGACAGCUCAGUGGGGGAUGGAGACAACAGCAGCAUGCAGCCUCAAAAGCAACACUUGGGAGAACAGAGUGAAGACCUUAAUGUUGAUCAAUGGGAGAAGAAGCAAGAAGUUGGACAGAAAACGAGCCAGAAAGGUGAGCCCAGCCCAGGAAAGCCAGGGGCUGUGACUGCAGAUGGGGGAGGACCUGCCCCAAGGGGUUCUCCUGAAGCCUCCCUGGAGCCAGACCACCUCUACAACGUGCUGUUCGUCGGGGACUCCCAUGUGGGAAAAACAUCAUUCCUGUACCGGUUGCACGCCGACACCUUCAACCCUCACCUCACUGCCACAGUAGGACUGGAUUAUCAGGUCAAAAACCUCAUUGUGGACAACAAGCGCUUUGCUCUCCGCCUGUGGGACUCGGCCGGUCAAGAAAGGUACCACAGUAUGACCAAGCAGUUCUUCCGGAAGGCGGAUGGCGUUGUGCUGAUGUACGAUAUCACAUCGGAGUACUCCUUCUCGGAUGUGCGGUACUGGCUGAGCUGCAUCCAGGAAGGAGCAGAAGACGGAGUUGCUAUUCUGCUUCUUGGGAACAAAACUGACUGCGCUGAAGUCAGAAAGGUCCCUACAGAGGAGGGGGAACGCUUGGCCAAGGAGCAUCAGCUCACGUUUUACGAAUGUAGUGCUGCCUCGGGCCACAAUGUCUUGGAAUCCAUGGUCAGCUUAAUCAGGUUGCUCAAAGUUCGUGAAGAUGAAUUGAAAAAUAAAGCAGCAGAGGUACCAAAGCCACCCCGGAAGAAAAAGGGCUGCUGCUAGUGAUGGACAGACCCCCCUGCCUCCCAGAUCUGAAACUGCAGCGACAGCCAGAAAAGCAUAAAAAUAGCCCUCAAACACCAUCUCUGCUCCCCAUGUGUCUGCCUUGCCUGACCUCCCUCAGAUGCUGAGAGCAAAAGCUGCUGCGGAGGAGCUGGCUGUCACCCGGCCCCUUCCCCGCUCAUCUCCUGCCAUUAUCCCAGAGCACAUAAGCCCUCCAAAAUACUUGUUGGGAAAUUUUGCCACUUUCUUUUGGAGACAAAGAACAGGCUAAGGAAAGAGGCAGGAAAGGAAUGCAGCUGGAUCUGAGAUGCUGGAACGAUACUGGAAGCAGCAGGGAGCAAAACCGUGUCUUGGGAUAAAAGAAAGGAAUACCAGGAGUCACCUGAAGACCAGUGUAUAAAACAAGGUGGGGUUAGGGCCAUUGGUGCUGCCAUGCAGUGGUGACUUUUGCUCUGGCUUUGCAAUCUGAUCGGAUUUGAUCCGGAACAAUGAAGUAUGCAAUAUAUCCUAAAUGCACUUUGUAAGUCUUUCCAAUUAGGCAAGGUAAGCUAGUUUUUCCUCUUUCCUGGCUUAUUGUGCCAGUGAGCAGUAAUGGGUCUUGACAGAAAACUGCUAAAAACUUUGUUCAAAAUAAAUUCAAAAGCCCCAAUAGCACGUCCAGGAUAAUAGAAAGAGCACUGGGGUGUGGGAUGUAUGAUCAGAUAAAUGCUUUCCAGACGUCUUCUCAUUGCAUUGCUCCCAGAGCAGACUUUUGCACUAUUGCAGCAACUCUCAGGAUGGGCAGGGAAGAGCAAGGUGCUGCACCCUGCCCUCCUACAACUGAGACGGCUUCUUUAUGAAAUACUGAAUCAGUUUUAAAAGGCAGCGUGAAAAAUCUAAACAAGCACAUGUCACAAUUUCAAGGGUUUUUUUCUUUUUACAGCUUGAUGCAGAGAACUGUAUUUUUGCAGAGAAGGACAUACAGACUAAAUAAAAAAGAAUAUGAAUGUUAUAUGUUAGUAUUUUUAUAUAUUCAUGUGUUGCCUCAUCCCCCAGCAGUUCAACAGCUGUAUUCAAAGACUGUGCUUACAUGCAUAUUUUGGGGAAAUAAUUCUGCUCAGAUGGAUUUGCUUUUUGUUGCCAUUAUUAUUUAUAUGUAUAUUAUGGCAAAGCAUAAUAGUAGCCAGUUUCUGCUUUACAAAAAUAUAGUGACAACAAGAGUUGGUUUUCUAAUAACACUAUAUAUUAAAAAAAAAAGUAUAUAAUUCUG